UUUACACUGCCUUAAUUAGACAUAGAAUUAUAUGAAUCUGAACUAUAUAACUUAUUAUAACUAUGUAACAUAGUCACAGAAAAGAAUAAUGCCUUCUAUAGGAACUGCUUUUGCUUGGACCACAUUUCAACUUACAAAUAGUUUUCGUCGAGAAUUUGUUGCGCCACAUAUUGUUAAAAUACAACUCCCUGGUGGAUUUCCAUACGAAGCAUUUGAUGGACAAGCAAAUAUUAAACCCUGGAUUCUGUUAUCUUUGGUGGAAUCUGGUAGAGCAUUUUCAUUUUUUGGCAAUCACAAUGAUCCAGAACGAGGAUUAUUAGAUUUGAACACACUGUAUAAUGAUGUUUUAGCAUUUAAUGCGGCAUGUUCUUUAACCAUCAGCCGAGAUUUAUACAAGAAAGAGACCAGCAAGAGUCCACUAAUAAUAACACAGAAAUUAGUUUACGCAGGGACGUCAACAAUCAAUGUUUUAACAGAAGUAUCUCAUCCAGAAAUAAAGGCACCUUUGGCAGAAUGUAGAGUUCAGACAGUUUGCAUUUUUAAAACUACUCGUCGGUCAACACCAACUCCGGAAUGGUGGAAUGAAAAAUACAAGAAAUAUUCUAAGCCAGAAGAAGUUUUAAAAUGGAAACUAAGUUACCCGCGCCCGUCUGCUGUCUCGUCAUAUCCUCUGAUAAUACAACCAAGUGACUGUGAUGCAUAUUCACACACAAAUAGGACAAAUUAUUUAAAAUUUUGUUGUGAUGCUUUAGUUUCUACAAAUGUUAAAAAAGACGGAACUGAUUUAAAAUUACCGCAGAUUAAAUUAGCGUUAUUAAGCUUUGUUAAAGAAGGAAAUGUUGCAGAACAACUUUCUGUUGAUUUCUGGUCACCCCCAGAAAAAAAAUGUAUUUGUUUUGAAAUAUUAAAUGAAAAGAAAGAAAUUAUAUGUCAAGCACAAUUAGAAAUGCACGAAAACAGUCGAUUGUAAAUUAACAUUGUUUAAGAAAAAAACCAUGACAGUUCAAAACAUUUUUAAUAAAACAGAGUUAACUCCCCUGAUGUGAUGCACUACAUUAAUAAUAGGCCUACAUACAGUGAUGCACAAUAAAAUUAAAUAAUACUGGGAACAAUAUCUAAAUAUUAAUGAUAUUGUAACAAACAUAAAUGUAAGUUUAAACAUACAUUAAACUACAUUAGGAGCUAAUGUAUCUUUAAAGUAUGGGAACGGUCUUGCAAAUAAUUUAAUUCAUGCCUUUUACAAAGAACUCAAGAACUCAAGAAAAUAUGCAAGUGCCAAAAUUUUGACUCGAAAGUGAACAUGCAAGUGUAGAUUGAGAUGUCAGUGUGUACUGUUAUGUAUUAACAAAGGGAAGUUAUCCUGUAUGCUGAGGAGAGUGAGGUGAAAAUCGUAUUUGACUUCAAAAUUUCAGGCAUAGUUGGUACGGUACUCGAGUAAAGAUGAUCCAAAUUUCAGAGUUAUUGCCCCAGACCGGUAGAAGUGUUCAUAAACACAAAUUACCGGUACCAUAUUUAUAUAUAAGCAAUAUGUAGCAAAUUAAAUGACGGACUGAUUUUGAUCAAAUUUUCCGAAAUAGUUAAGAAUGGAGUCGAAAAAGAUAGUUUAUCAGUUUUGAGUGUAUUCACAAAGUACUUCCAGAGUUAUAUAUGCCCCAUGAUUUUUGAUUAAAGUAUAUCACCCUAUUAUACCCACUCUGUGGAGUUCAGUUCUUGACCAAUAUUCACAAACCUUGGAUCGUAAUCAUUAUUUACACUAGGCCUACAGGUAUACAUAUGCAAUCCCCAAAGUUGUUAAUGCUGAAAAAAAAACCCCUCAAACAGGGAAAAAAUCUGGUAGAGUGUUGAAAAUGAAACUGUUUGCCUGGCAAACUUUGCUUACAUAUCUAGACAUUUAUCGGUAUGAGUCUUUGAUAUACUAUAUAGGCCCCCUACCUCCAUUUAUGUCUAGCCUGUAUUUAUUCAUGGACGAAUUUAUUUAUUGAUUUUUAUAUUCAACAUUUAAUUUUAAUCUUGGAUUUACAAUUUAAACAUUCUACAAAAAAGAUGUAAAUAAAUACAGUUUUAUAAGAA